AUGCUCCUUGAACCUGGCCGGAUAAACCAACGUGCUGCGCUAUGCCGAUGGAAUAUCGCUGGAUACGCCAGGCGUCCCUUUUGGACUACUGCUCCUCAAAAAUCUGGACUUGACCGAUGUAGACUCACGAAAACACACUGA